GAUAAUCUAGUAAACACAAAUUUCUUUAUUUUUCUGCUAAGUGUAGUUAAUCUUAGUUGAAAAUUAAUGAAAAAGCACCGGAUAUCAGGUUGACCCAGGAAGCAGGCAAAAUCUUGGAAAUUAAAAACAAAACAAAAAAACAGUACUACAUGAAAGCAUUUGGGAAGCCAACGACAAACUACAUCAGCACAACAAACCUACAGGGUGACUGAGGAGAUGAUUAGGAACACCUUGGGAGACAAAUGAGGAUCAGAUUUCUGGAAUUUGCUGUCUUGUGGGAGUGAGGUCUGCAUGUCCCAUUUACUAAACAGCGAUAGUUGCGGUUUCGUGUUUUCGACCAGGAGGUCCAGCAUUUCCGCCUGACUUGAGCCUGAGCCUGUUACCCUUUUUUCCCCACGAAGGUUUUACUGGUUAGCUGGCUAACACGGGCCAGCUGAGUUGAAUCACCUAACAUGUUUCGCUUCUUGAAUGACGUCGACGACGACCCCUUCAUGAUGGAUCUGUUUGCUGCUCACAGGCACCAAAUGAGAAGUAUGUUUGGACCUUUCGCCAUGGAUCCAUUUGCUCUUGCACCUCAGAUACAGCCACAUCGACCAGCACGCAGACAGACUGCUGUGGCUGGCCCACUUGCCCCUUUUGGAAUGAUGGGAAUGGGUGGAGGUUUUAUGGAUAUCUUUGGCAUGGCGGGAGAAAUGAUGGAAAACGUGGAAAGAAUGACUGGAACACCAAACUGCCAAACUUUUUCCUCUUCAACAGUGAUUUCUUAUUCGUCUCUAGACGCAGGGGCUCCUAAAGUUUAUCAGCAAACAAGUGCAACAAGAACAGGACCUGGAGGGAUCCGCGAGACACGGCAGUCCAUGAGGGACAGCGAGAGUGGCUUUGAGCGUCUCGCCAUCGGCCACCAUAUUGGCGAUCGGGCACAUAUUAUGGAGCGUUCACGAAAUCGCCGCACUGGAGAUCGAGAGGAACGAAAUGACUUCAUCAACCUUGAUGAGAGCGAUGCUGCAGCGUUCGACGAGGAGUGGUGGAGGGAGACGGGAAGAUACGUUCCUCCAAAUGCCCGUGCGCCGGAGUAUGGCCAAGAUCCACGCAUAGGAGGAGGACAACAACUGGCCCUCCCUGCUCCAUCCAGCUCUACACCCCCCCAUCGGCAUGAGUCUCCCAGGCACCGUCAGCCUCACACCCGUCCACGUUACGACUGGUGAGAAGGCGAACCACUUUGCAAUGUGAAUGGACGGAAGUAGUUGAGACAGAACUUCCUCGAUGCUGUGAAACACGCUGAAGACAGAAGUUGCUGAACGAAACGACUAUCCGUCAUUAAUGUUUGAUAUGACUGGACUGUCUAAACAUGAAUACACAUUAUAUACACACACAUGCACAAAAACAAAACAAAACACACACUUAAUAGUUGCAUCUACAGGUCAACUUAUUUCCUGUUACACAGAUAUACAGACACCCCUGUGUAAACUUGGGUGUAACGACACACUUUAUAUAUAGUCAUUUUCAAAACUUGACAUGCGUCUUUACCCGCUGCACUUCGCUGCUGCAGUAAACAUUAAUUCUGCUGUACAGUCCAUUUUAUGUUUGUGAGGGCACUUGUGUGUCUGUGAAAUGAAUUGUAUACUGUUAACUAAUUAAUCUAACUAAAUAAAAGUUCAUUAAACAUUGUUAGAUAAUGAG